UUCAAGCUCCUUAGGAACUUUUUAAGCCUGCCAGCCACUCACUAUUACCCUAAGGACUGGCAACUACAUUAAUUGUCCACACUUAGGAGCUAUCCAGAGUUGCUGCAUCGGCAGUUUAGUGCUUUACACACAAGAUAAACAAAGCCUAUGGCCAACCGAAACCAUGUGCUGCAGAUCCUGUGGGUAGUUAUGCAAAGAGGGCCCUGGGCUGGCCAAGCCCACACAGGACAGCCCACCACAGCUCUCCUCGCAGGUAAAGUCGGCCAGGGGUGUUUACCACAUGUGAGAAGUCGGAUGUGGCAGGGCUGCCUGGUGGACACCCACACCGGGCUGGGUCACGUUCACGCCACUCCGUGGCUUUAAGGGCACCCGUCAUGCAUUGGGCUGUUUCGUUUGGGCUGUGCCUUCAUUUUCUAACCACCAAGACUGGCUCUGAGGGGAGACCAUAUGAGAGCAGGGAGCAGCACUGCCUGCUGCCCUGGGGCUGGGCAUACAGGGAUGGGCACUACCCAGUGCCCCAAGGCUGGGCAUAUGGGGACGUGCAGAGGCAGAAACAGGCCCCCAACUGGGGUAGGGGGAGGAUGGAAACCAUUCCGUCACAGACACCUCCUUCCAGGAUUACGCUAGCUCCAGGUUUAAAACACGCUAACACUGCAGUUUCCCAAAGGGACAUGAAUAAUUAAAGGAGCCUGCUUCACUGGCAUCUCGGCCCUGCUCCUCACCCGUAACUAAAAUCUGCAUGACCAGGAAAAGGACCUGUGGAAACACCCCUCUUAGAACCUUGGGAAAAACUUCACCCCGGAUGCAAAUUCAAACUUACGAUAAACAGUUAAAGCUCUGGAUUAUCGUUUUGGCAACAAUAUCCUUUUUUCAGAAUAUUUACCCCCAGCAGCUGCAGGAAAGGACAAAGUUGAACAGGUCUAAACCAACCAGGCAGAGACCAAGGUCCCUCGGGACAGACCGGCCCUCGGCCAGGGUCACUGCAUAAAUCUCACAGAAGCUCACAAAAGCAUCCCUCACCCACUUCUCUCUUAUACCACUCCCCUUCUGUGACUGCAUGAGCUACACCCAGCUCACGCGGGUCCCAGGUAGCCGUGCCCUCUUUGGAUGAGCCGGCAAGCCUGAUCGGUCCCUUAAUCCAACAUCCUGACCACUGGUGCGCUGUCACUACACAGGCUGUCCUCUGAACACCGAGCCUGGAACGCUCUCCCCGCCAGGAACGCUCUCCCCGCCAGGACACUGCCACCAGGGAGCCACCAGUACGUUCUCCUUAAAGUACGUUUACUGCUCUUGUGAGUCAACUGGCCAGAGAGCAAGAGGAGGACAGUUCUGACCAAAACUCUAUAGACGCAGCAAUGUUUGGUUUAAAGAGCACAUGUUAACAUAAACACAAUUAUUCUUUCUGGCAGCACUGUGACAAUUUACAUAGAGCUUGCCUCCUGUAAAACCUUUGCGAAAAAAUUAACAAAUUUAAGUUUGUUUUGCCUGAAAGUAUCAGCAACACAAAUACCACUACUUCCAAAAUGAACACUGUAAUUUCCUCACGCCUGUAGGAAAAUUGCUUGAUAAUUUGUGCUCCUGGGUUUUGGGAGCCGGCGGGGAGCUUAUUCCUUUCACGCUUGGUAUCGUAAAUUCUGGAUUCACAAUUGAUAAAUGUUUUGCAACUGUCAUCAUUUUGAUCACGACGUUUCCAGCCAGUGGUGAAAUCAUCAGCUUUCAGAUCUCUGCCAUGACAGAGCCUAUACAAUCAUGGGAACCUGACUCAAAGAGGUUCUCACGCCCGCAGAGCCGGUGCGGAACGGGGCAUGCCGGCACACGCCCGCACCUUACCCAGCCAGCAAGCACUUGGGGAGAACACACCAGCUGCCCGCUUCCCCAAGUGAGGUGAGGGGCAUGCUCUCAUCUCUGGGGCACACCUGCCCACCCCCCAGCCCAGGGCCGAGCACAUAAACAAUUAUCUCAUGUUUCUGCUUUUAACAAGAGGAAAUGAGAAAGACACCGCUAUUAGGACAUGGGUGAUGUGCUGGCUCUGACAUGCGCCUUGGAGCUCUUCAGGCUGUGCUGGGAGAAGAGGCGCUGGACCCCAGGCAGGAAAGCCAGGCAGGGGCACAGCGGGGAGGCAGCAGGACACGGUCUAAUUACUAGGUCAAGAGCCAGGCCACUGUUGACACUCCUCGGUGGGUGGCGCUGGGCAGGCCCGGGCUCCUGCCCGGCACCCUGUAGAUCAGACCAGCGUCUGACAGACAACAGGGCAGCAGAGACCUUAUUUCUGUCCAAAUCGCAGGCUUUCCUCUCACUCUUACACAGAAACUCUCACAGAGCCGUAAGGCCCCAGGCAAGGGCAAGGCCUCUCUCCACCCAAAUGACUUCUCAGUAAAUGACUGGGUCUUAGGGAGAGCUGGGCCAUAAAACAAGAUGCCAACAGAGGCAGUCUGGGGAGGGAGGAUGUUGUUCUUUGCGUUUUUAAGAAAUAUGAACGAACAAGUAGAGAAACCAGUUUGCUUAGAAUAAAAAUCAGAUAGCUUUCUCGCACUGUGAAGAAUCAAAAAUAAAAAUUAAAACUCCCACCCCCCGGUGCCCCUCCUCCUUUCAGCCAGUCCUCACCUCUAGCAGGUGCACACGGGAUGGUGGGGAGAGGCAUUCAGAGUGGCUACCUCUUUGUGAAAACAAGUCUCUAAAACUCCUCACACAUAUUUCUCCUUUGUAAAACGCUGCUUUCCAGUUAAGAUUUUUUAACCACUCCUGUGUUCAGAAGGGAGACAUGGUGGCACAGUGGUCAAGAGAUGGGGCUGCUAACCAAAAGGUCAGCAGUUCAAACGCACCAGCCGCUCCUUGGAAACUGUAUGGGGCAGUUCUACUGUCCCAUGGUGUCGCUGUGAGUCAGAAUCUACUCAACAGCAUUGAGUUUUUUUGGUGUUUAGAAGAGGAGUCCCUGAGUGGCGCAAAUGGUUGAGCGCUCUUCUGGUAGCCAAAAGAUUGGUGGUUCAAACCCACCCAGAGGUGCCUCAGAAGAAAGGGCUGGCGACCUGCUUCCUAAAGGUCACAGUGCAGGAAAUCCUAAGGAGCAGCUCAUCCACACACACGGGGCACCACGGGUCGGAACGGACUCCACAGCGACGAACACCACAACCAACAAAUGUUCCGAAGGCUGCGUUUACAUCUAAAAGGUCACAAGUCGCAUUAUUUAAAGCAAAAUUGUAGUUGAACAGUUUUCUUCAAUUAUUUCCAUUUAAUCUUUAAGAUGCUGAAAAAUAUUUGAAAGCUAAAGAUACUUUUUUUUUAAUUUUUUAAGCCAAGUACACCACUUGACCCCCAUCCCCCGUCGCCUGCCGCCCACACCUCUCUUGACGCAGCUGCUCCCAGAACAGGCGGUCUGGCUCAGGGGACACCCUCCAGGACUCCGGUCCCUUUGUUCCCUGGACAAAUUGAGAGCCCAGGAGUGCAGCAAGGUCUUGAAGGAACCGGGAGUGAGCAGAGGGAGGAGGCAGCAUCUGUGGGGAGGUAUCCAAAAAGGAAAGGCCAGCCCAGCUUGUGGACCCCCCAGAGCCGAGGCUCCUGGCGAGCGGGGGCAGCCCCCACUGGCCACCAGGUCUCUGCCUGCCACAGGCCCCCUUCCUUAGAGUUAAAAGCAGUAACAGCUUUCUAUCUCAGCCUAACCAUUUCUAAAACAGGUCCUGCUUGCUCUGGCUUACCCUCUCCAAUCCCAGUCCACAGCACACCCAUCCCCUUGGUCAGGAGCACAGAGCCAGCCCAUUAACCUGCUUUUUAGCACUAGGGAAGAGUAAGAACACAGCAGAGUGCACCCAGGGCACCGCAGCUCACGCAGACGGUACUUAAACACGCUGCGUCAACACCACACGGCAUCUGCAUCUGCUGAAGGAGCCGGCUGCUGGUCCUGUUUGUUUCCACGGAGACUCUGGGAUGGCGUUUCUCCAUUCUCAUUUGCAGAAUGCACCAGCUAUGGCACAGCUCAGGCAGGAGAGUCAAGAGCACUAAACCGCAUGCUACGCUCUCCUUUCACUGUGAGCAUGUCUUCUCAGUAGGACAUGUGCACGUGUUUGUGCAUCUGUUCACUGGCAUCCUCACAGUCCAGUCAGAAAGAGCCACCUUCCUGCACACCAUUUCCCUGUCACCUCCCUGUGGCGCAGCAAGCUGGAACACACACAGACACAGGACCCCGGGGUGGGCAGUUCCAGGGACACGGAGAAGCGGAUUGGAGCCGGGGUCCUGGUGCUGGCAGGGAGGGGCUCAUAGCCUGCCUGGAACCUGCAGCCUCAGAUCACUGCACAUAAAAAAAUAGGUUCCCGAAAUUCCAAGCACGGCAGGCUCCUAAAACAAACACCGACACCCAACACCACUGCUGGCCAAGGCCAUUCCUCAGGUCAGACCCGAGCGCACACAGUGCUGGGGGCUGACACCACAUAGCAGGGCAUUCUGAGUCCACCUGGCCCCCGCACACCUUGGGGAACAGCAGGGGGAGGGGCAUGUUUUCUGCAUCUCAGUGAACUCACUUCAGUUCCCCAGUGACAUAUGCAAAGAAUCUCCGGCUGUCAGCACAGGGCUCCAAGCACUAACAAUCCUGACACUAACAGUCUGCUCCUCUAUUGCAGCUCCCGACACCAGUGUCCUCAUCAGGCCCUCAGGAGGUAGGCUGGCUCUAAUGGAGGAGCUCUGAAAGGGCAGGAAAAAAACGGCACGCGCUUCUUUAAAGAAACAUCCUUACGCCCGACUGUCAGGCAGUGGGGGUGCCACAGGGAAGAAGGGCAUCUGAAGCAGGACAGGAAAAUGAGUCUCCUCAAGGAGCGGAAGCCCAAGAAGCCGCACUACAUCCCCAGGCCUCCAGGGAAGCCCUUCAAGUACAAGUGCUUCCAGUGCCCCUUCACCUGCAACGAGAAGUCGCACUUGUUCAACCACAUGAAGUACGGCCUCUGCAAGAACUCCAUCACUCUGGUGUCAGAGCAGGACCGCAUGCCCAAAUGCUCCAAGUCCUCCUCUGCAGACCCGAAGCAAACAAGCCCAGCAGAUGCCACAGCCAAGCCAGCGUCCUCCAGGACAGCCACAAAUGGACUCCCAAACUUUGACCCCAAGCUUCAGCAGGGCUUUGCCAAGGAAGACGUCAAGGAAAACCUGGAGCUGCACACACAUCCACCCCACAAGCCACCAGCACAGAAGCCGGCUCUGCAUAAGGACACAGCACCGCAGAGCCCGGGUGACGACGCUGGCACCCAGCCUGUCCUGGAGAGCAUCGGCCGGCCAUCUGCCUUCGUUCCCAUCGGAGAGCACAGACUGAAGGGGCCUGAGCACACCGAGGUCCCGGAGAUGCUGGCGCUGCCGAGCCCUGCCGCCAAAGCCACCUCCUUCCACACCAAGUCUGCGUUCCACGCGCCCAGCUACCCCUGGAAGGCAGGCUCGCCCUUCCUCCCGCCCGAGUUCCCACACAAAAUACCAUCCGCAAAGGGCUUCGGUGCCAUCUCCUCCUACAUGCAGCCCCCCCUCCCGGAGUACCACCCACACUUCUACACGGAGCAUGGGCUGGCCACCAUCUACUCCCCUUACCUGUUGCCUGGCACCCCACCUGAGGGCGACAACCCCCUGCUAUCAGUCUAUGGGGCCCAGGACCAGAGACACUUCCUUCCGCACCCUGGGCCAGUGCCCAAGCACCUGAACACACCUCCAUCAACAUACGAACACUACAGGUUCUUCCAGCAGUACCCCACGGGUCUGCCCCUCCCCUACGGGUUUUUCAGGCCAGAGUCACCUUUCUCCUCCUAUGGACUCAAGCUCCCACACAUGGCUGGAAUUGCGCGAGACCACGGUGCCCACCUGCUGGAGGAGACCACCCUGGUCUACUCCACCCUGAGUCCAUCCAAGUUAACCCCCCUGAGUUCCCACAAGAAGCACCCAGAGUUUGGUAAGGAAAGCCCAAGUCCCCCAGCCAAGGACACCCCCAAAGAUGGGCAGAGGGAAACAGAGGGGGCCAAGAUGAGCCCCCGGGCGGGCAGCGCGGCCACCGGCUCCCCAGGAAGGCCAAGCCCCACCAACUUCACGCAGACAACGCACACGUGCGAGGGCCUGCGCGACCUCUCGAGUAAGCUGGCACCCAGCCCCCUGGGGAGGCUGCACCCACUCGAGCAGACCCUCACGGCCUUCAAGCCUGUGAAGAAGUCCACAGGCUGCCCAAGUCCACAGACGCUGGCGCACGGGGCUGAAUCUCCAGGAAGCCUUGAGACAGCGAACGAAGACACCCCUUCUCAGACAGGGGGCACCUCUAACAGAGCUGAGGCCGUGCCUCCUGGCCUACAGGAUGGCUCCGGAGUAGUCCCACUGAACCUUUCCAAGAAGCCAGAGACAAAGCCAGCACCGGCAGCUCACGGACACGUGUACGGAGACACGGCCCUCACAGACACGCAGGACUUCCCCGAGCUGCAGGAUAUGCCUCUCAACCUCUCUGUGAAGGAUUCAUGCAACACCCUGCUGCCGAGACCACCCUUCCACAGCCCUCCACAAGAGGCAGAGCCUGCUGCCGCUCACAAGAUGGCCACAAACAGCCCCCAAGAGGGGCUGCCGGACAGCAAGAGGAGCCCAGAUGGCCCAGCAGGGGUGCCGUCAGCGGCACCCCCAAGAGGGAGGGCCUUGGACAAGUGUGCAGUCGACAGCAGUGACGAGCAGAAGCAAACGGCUGCGGUGGCCCUCUGCCAGCUCGCUGCCUACAGCCCAGGGAAGACCAGAGUGGACAGUGAGAAGCACAGUGCCCAGGGGCCCCCUGCUAAGCAGGAUGCACCCAUGCUCAGCACCAGGGAGAGCCAGGACGUCCAGAGCAGUGCACUCAAGCCCAAAGCACAAAAGAGGACAGGCCAGAAGGACUCAGGGAAGUCCCAGCCAGGAGCAAAGAAAGCCAAGCCCAACGACACAGCCAGAGUGCUCACGCUGAGGAGAAGGACCCGGUACCUCAAUGCCUGAACACCAUGGCACCGCCAGAUCUCAUACCUCCACCCUCACCUAGAUUCCAUCAUCUUCUCAAAAAAGCUGCCAUGUAACUUGGCUUUCGUAAACAUUAAAUCAGAAAACCAAACCCAGCGCCAUAGAGCCAAUUCUGGCUCACGGUCACCCCAUGUGUACAGAAUAAAACUGCCUGUAGGGUUUUCUUGGCUGUGAUCUUUACAGAAACAGAUCGCCACGCCUUUCUUCUGAGGCUCCGCUGCAAGGAUUCAAACUGCCGACCUUUAGAUUAGUAGUCAAGCGCGAACAGCUCGCAUGAGUGUUUAAAGGUGCUUCUACACACGUCUGUGAAUACAUCAAAUGACUCAUCUGCUCUGAGGCCGAGGAGUUAAAAUGUCUGCUUUCAUUUUUGUAAAAUGUCAAAUGAGAUACACAGGCUCAAAGGGCCACUCUUUGUGUACACCAUCUCGUAGGAGAUCCUCUACAAACACUUUUCUUAUAAAUAUUUUAGCACCAGAACAAACUGUUCUAACUGCUUUUCGACACAAUCUAGCUGUGUGUUUUGGGGUAAAUAACAAUUAAUGAAAAAAAUGCCAGGGAAAUUCUUAGGAAUCAGCAUAAGUCUGGAUGUAAAAGUGCUAUGAUUUACGUAACUGGAAACAAUUCACAAAUAUCGAGAGGAUAUUUAUACUAAUAAUUUAUUUCCAUUAGGGAAAAUGUAUGACUGGUGAUGGUAUUAUUAACGUACCCUGUUUGCUUUUAAUAUUACAGUGAAUUUUCUGACUUUUUCAGCCUCAUUUCCCACUGCUUAAAAUGAUGUAUAUAUUGCUAAUUUCCAAUAAACUCAUGUGAACUCUAAGGAUACAUAAAACGAAGACAAAUAUGAAUGCUGCAUCAUCCUUCAGGGUCUCUUGUCACAUUGCUGCUGUUGGGUGCCACCUCAAUAAAGAAGAGCUUACAGCUGAGGAAGCAAUAAAAACACACUGAAAGAGAAAUGUGUGUGAGAGAGAGAUUUGGGGGGUGAAGUGUACAUGUGUCUGGGGGGAGGUGGUGUGCUAUAAGCAGCAGACAGAUAAGGUGUGUGAGUGUGAGGUGUGUGUCUCUGUGUGUCUCUGUAUCUGGCGGGGAGUGUGCUAUCCUAUAAAGCAGAGUCACAGGUCAGAGUUCCCCAAGGUCCUGAAGCUCAGAAAGCUCUGAAGACUGACUCCGAGCCAGAACUUCCUCAGCCUACAGCUUGCGGAAGGGUGGUCAGUGGCCUGUCACUUCCUGUUUUCCCCAUCCCUGGUCCCUUCUUCAUCUCUGGUCCCUUCCCCAU